CAGAUCCUCAGUGAGUUGAUCGAAAGCAAAAAAAGAAGUUGCUGCUCUGCCACCUGCUCCGACUCAGUCAUGAAAAACCUUCAUUUCAAAGAUUCCUUCUGGAGCUCAGAUCUGACCUCCACUGCUGGCUAUGAUGCCAUCAUUCUGUAUCUCAACGACGGCAAAAGGACAUGCAAGGAGGUGGAGGACUUCAUGAAGGCCAGGGCUUCAAUUGAAGAGAAGUAUGCCAAAGAUCUGCUCAGUUUGUCCAAGAAGGUUUGUGGACACAACGAGAUGAACACUUUAAAGAGAUCCCUGGAUGUGUUUAAAUUACAAACUGAACAAGUCAGUCUUUCACACUUGCAGCUGGCGCAGAGCAUGAGGGAGGAGGCCAAGAAGCUGGAAGAAUUCAAAGAAAAGCAGAAAGAAGUGAGGAAAAGGAUAGAACAACAAAUGGACACUCUCCACAAACAGAAGUCCUCACAAUUCAAGAAGACAAUGGAUUCCAAGAAGACGUACGAUCAGAAGUGUCGAGACAAAGAAGAAGCGGAUCAGAACCUGAACCGAAACACCAACCUUAGCAACACCAAGCAGGGGGAGAAGCUUCAGUCAAAAGCACAGCAGGCAAAACAGAACGCAGAAGAAGCAGACAGGUUAUACCAGCAGAAUGUGGCCGCACUGGCAAAGAUCAGAGAUGACUGGCUGAAGGAUCACACCAGUGCCUGUGAGGUUUUUGAAAAUCAGUCAACAGAGCGUAUCAAUAUUCUAAGGAGCACAAUCUGGACUCAUCUUAAUCAGCUCUCCCAGCAAUGUGUGACUAGUGAUGAGCUGUAUGAGGAAGUGAGGAAAUCGUUGGAGCAUUGUAACAUCCAGGAAGACGUUGAACACUUUAUAAACCUCAGACGUACCGGAGACAAACCACCAGUUCCAGUUCCGUAUGAGAACUUCUACAGUGGUCAGAAGUCUCCUACUGGAGCUCCACUGUCACGACCCCUGCCGUCACCUGCCAUCAGGAGAGGGCCAUUACCAGACCCAACACAGAACAAUGAGCCAACCUACUCAACCAUCCAGGACACAAGCUACAGCAUGAUUCAUUACUAACACUCAGGUC